AUGAAGGUAUCUCGUUGGCUCGGCAGCGACGGUCCGCACUCACACGUCGAACUACACGGAUUCGCCGACGCAUCGGAGCGAGGGUACGCUGCCGUGGUGUACCUCCGCUCCUCCACUGGAAGGGGCAUCACACUCCACCUGCUGACGGGCAAGGUCGCGCCCGUGAAGCCCGUGUCCUUGCCGAGACUCGAGCUAUGCGCGGCCGCCCUCUUGACGAACCUCGUCGUUCACACGCGCACUCUGCUAAGUUUGUCCUCACCUCCAGUCUUCCUUUGGUCGGACUCCAGGGUCACUCUUCACUGGAUCCACGGACACGCCUCCCGCUGGAAGACCUACGUGGCCAACAGAGUGUCGCUGAUCCAGGAACGGCUACCCGAGGCGCGGUGGCGACAUGUGCCGGGCAAGGACAACCCAGCUGACUGCGCCUCCCGAGGAGUUCUGCCCAGCGACCUGGUCGGUCAUCCUCUGUGGUGGACGGGACCAUCCUGGCUUUUAGAGGACCAAACAAGGUGGCCGAACAACGACGGCGCCCUGCUCAACGCUGCUGUGCCGGAGCAAAGGGCCGUCGCCUCACUCUCGGCGGCUGUCAAGGACGUUUCUGAGUCGGCCUUCCUGCUCCGUUUCUCGUCAUUGCACCGACUGCUCAGGGUGACAGCCUGGUGUCUUCGAUGGCGACGGACCGGCACCCGGAGAUCUCGCACCACCGCUGACGCCGCACUCUCACUCACGUCUUGCGAGAUCGAAGACGCACUCCUUCACUGGAUUCGCAUCACACAGACUCUGCACUUCCUCGGCGAGAUCACAGCACUCAGCAAAGGACGCGCCUUGCCAGCCAGAAGUCCUCUCACCAAGCUGAGUCCGUUCCUCGACGACAGCGGUGUAAUGCGAGUCGGAGAGCGACUGAAGAACGCCAUCCUGUCUCACGACGAGCGGCAUCCCAGCAUUAUCCCACCGGAGUCAAGGUUGACUCACCUGAUGGUGGACUCCUGCCACCGGCGGACCCUGCACGGAGGAGUGCAGCUCAUCCUCGGGUUGCUUCGUCAACGAGUCUGGAUCCCACGUGGUCGAGCAGUCGUCAAGCGGGCGAUCCACCGAUGCGUCACCUGCACGCGGUGGAGAGCCGCCGCACCGCAACCACUCAUGGGCAAUCUGCCCCGGGAACGAGUGACUCCUGCACGCCCGUUCCUGCGCACCGGGGUCGACUACGCCGGCCCUAUCCUCAUUCGGGCCAGCAAGGGACGAGGCCACAAGGCAUCCAAGGGCUUCAUCGCAGUUUUCGUCUGCCUCAGCACCAAGGCGGUCCAUCUGGAGGCAGUCACGGACUACACGGCCGAGGCGUUCCUGGCUGCCUUCCGCCGCUUCGUUUCCCGGCGAGGCCUCUGCAGCGACGUCUUCUCCGACUGCGGCACGAACUUCGUCGGAGCUGACCCGCCACACUUCGGCGGACUAUGGGAGGCCGCCGUCAAAUCCACCAAACACCACCUCCGAAGGGUCAUUGGCGAAGCCACCCUCACUUACGAGGAAAUGGCGACCCUCCUCACUCAGGUGGAGGCGUGCCUAAAUUCGCGUCCGUUGCAGCCGCUGACGGACGAUCCCGACGAUCUGGCGGCGCUAACACCAGGGCACUUCAUCAUCGGCGCCCCCCUCGUGGCCGUUCCGGAGCCGUCACUCACGUCCGAGAAGGACACCGCUCUAUCUCGGUGGCGGCUUCUUCAAAAAAUGCGCGACCACUUUUGGGAACGGUGGACGCGCGAGUAUCUCAGCACUUUGGCGUCACGACCAAAGUGGACCAAGGACGAAGCCGGCCCGAGCAUCGGCGACCUGUGCCUGCUGCGAUCGGAGAUCACGCCUCCGACGAGAUGGCCACUCGCCCGCAUCACGGCACUGCACCCAGGAGACGACGGAAUUACACGCGUCGUCACCGUCCGCACCGCAUCUUCGGAGUUCACUCGGCCACUCGCGAAGAUCAUCGUCCUGCCAGGAGACAACGCCAGGGCAGACUCAUCACAACCGGAUUCGUGA